GUAGUUGAGCGGCGCGUCGGAUGUUUGUCGUCUUGUCAAACGGGCGCAGCGGGGCGACGUGUUUACGGUGGUCGGUAAUGUUCUUCACCGAGGCCCGCCUCUAACCUGCCGGCCCAGAAGACGUUCCCGCUGCCGGCGCCGCGUGCAGGAACUAAGAGCCGCGCGGACACACACACACACAGAGCCAGCAGCCAGCUGAGCAGGCAGCCCGUCCCCGGGAACAUGAUGGACCUGCACAUUUUAGACCACCGGCUGCGGGUCACCAGCAUAUCCAAGAGCGGACUGGAGCAUUUCACACACCCCCUCAUCAAGCUGAUAUUUCUGCGGAACCGAACACGAUGCAAGUUCUUCAGCCUGACGGAAACCCCGGAGAACUUCACGCUGGUGCUUGACGAGGAGGGCUUCAAAGAGCUGCAGCCCUCAGAGCACCUCCAGGUUGAGAGCUCCACCUGGCUGCCACUCAACGUGGUCUCCAACGGCAACGUCUCCAGCAGCUCCCAGGCGGUCGGCGUGACCAAGAUUGCCAAGUCGGUCAUCGCUCCCCUGGCCCAACAGCACGUCUCUGUAUUCAUGCUGUCCACAUAUCAGACUGACUUCAUCCUGGUGAGAGAGAAAGACCUGUCUGUGGUUGUCAGCACCUUAAAGGAAGAAUUCAGCAUUUACCAGGAGGUGGAGGGAGAGUCCGUCCCCGUGCGUUGCCAGGAUGUGACACACAACCUUCAGAAGAACAGCAAAGAAGCCAUCCAACUGACAGUUCACCCGGUGCUGAUCCCCCCGAACCAGUUCUGUGUCAUGUCUCUGGACCCGGACACACUGCCGUCCAUCGCCACCACGCUCAUCGACGUCCUCUUUUACUCCAGCAGUCCGAAAGAAGAAUCUCCAGACCAGGAGCUGGACUGCAUCAAGUUCUUCUCCUUCUCCCUCAUCGAUGGAUACAUCUCCCUGGUGAUGGACUCUGAGGCCCAGCGACAGUUUCCUUCUGAUCUUCUGUUCACCAGCUCCUCCGGGGAGCUUUGGAGAAUGGUCCGGAUCGGAGGACAGCCACUUGGUUUUGAUGAAUGCGGCAUCGUCGCCCAGAUAUCGCAGCCUCUCGCUGACGGCGACAUCUCUGCCUAUUACAUCAGUACCUUCAGCUUCGACCACGUUUUGGUUCCUGAGGAAGACAUAGUGAGUGUGAUGGGCAUGCUUCAGCAUCACAGGAAAGAAGCAGCCACCAGCUGACUUCCGAAGCAGGCGCGGAGCUGCUAUCGAUCGCCGUGUCUUCCCUUUCCUCCCCCAGGCCGAGGGGGUGGCAGGUUUGCAUUGAGGGAGGCUGACUCUGUGCACAAAAGUUGCACUGCGAUAAUCACACGUUUGCCAUGAACACCAGAAGCGCUUUUUCUUAACAUGAACCCCUUACAGGUUGUGUGUAUGAGGCACCUUGUCUGAGUUAUUCUAGGAUGGGGGCAUCAAAGCUGCACACACGCAUGACGGUGAAUAGUUGGUCCCAGAGUAGGAAUAGCGACAUGAUGGGUGGACUGUUCCUGCACAAACUUUGUGACAUCUCACAUGACCUCUUCAUGUGGUUAUCCUAUAAUUAAAACGUGAAAAGUUCGUACUUGUAAAAUGUGACAGGGCGAGCCGUUCAGCAUUUCGGAGACAUGUGAUCUGGUUCUUUUUUGGACUAAAAUAAGGCCGACACUCGAGGGAAGAGUUUGUGAACAGCUUUGAUGCAGCUUAUUUUGUUUAUUUCAGAAAAUAAAAUGAGGAAGUUAGAAUUACAAGAAAUACUUCCUCAUUCAAGGCGAUCUCGGAUCAUAUGUACUGUUCCAGUGUUUUGGUUUUGUGCUGCAUUUCAAUUUCAACUCCUGAAUAACUAACACCAAUGGUUUUUUUUUUAGGUAUUCCUUAUGUUUUGGUAACUUCCUGAGAAAUAAUGAGCAGAAAAAGUUCGAGUGACUUUACUUUUUAUUAGAAAUAUUGUUCAGUUAUGUUGAGGUCAAAGGAAAAUGGCAGCAAAAGUUACUUUCUUUUAGAGAAAUUGUAUGAUCUUCCAGAUUCAGUAUAUUGUUAAACAGUCGCAGCAGGUCUUGUAUUUUGUAAGCCAGAGACACUUAUGGGACAAUGGUUUUCAUACUACAGACGUUUUUGGUUCUGAAUGUGCAUAUAAAACAUGAUUUCAGAGGUCAGACUUUUUUUAACAGUUAUUAACACUAUGUCUUAGUUUUUGUUGUUGUUAUUUGCACAGAAAUUGAACUUGGAUUUCUUUAAGACGGCUACAUUUUAUACAACUCAAAGUUUUCUGUAAACAUUACUAUUCUCUGUGCUGCUUUAUUCAAUAAACAACAAAACAUUUUUGAAGGAAACUCA